AUGAUGACGGACAUAGCGGUUGUGUACAAAGAAUACGAUUCAUUGAUCUUGAUUGCGUCUUUCACUCACCUGAUAGGAAGUCCUAUGAAGAGACCUACACUGGACAGAAUGUUCGCUUCGACGUCACAAAGAAAUGAUGAUGGUUUGCGGGCAUCUUACAAUAUCUCGUUACUUAUAGCAAAAUCCGGAAAACCGCAUACUAUCGGAGAGAAGAUAAUUUUGCCAGCCGUUGAAGAGGUUUUAAAAACUGUUUUACACAAACCUGCAUCUGAUAUCAUUAAAAGAAUUCCCUUAAGCAACAAUACUGUUGAAAGACGUAUUGAUGAAAUGAGUUCUGAUAUUGAAAGCAUCUUAUAUAAUUAUUCGCAAACGACCCAUUUCUCUAUACAACUGGACGAGUCAACUUUACCUGAUAAUGCAGCAUUAUUAUUGGCAUAUAUUCGUUUUAUUAUGAAUCAAGAAAUCUACGAGGAACUGCUCUUCACAAGAACUUUGAUAACCGACACUAAAGAUUUUGAAUCUAGGUUUGAGGAUAUUUUAACUAUGGUAAUACCACCGUGGAUAAUUAAUCCAUAUGGUGACAUAGAAGAAACGAAUGACAUAAUACAAGAGGAACUGACUGAACUAAGUACAAACGAAGAACUUAAGGUUGAGUUUAAAAACGGAUAUCAGCAAUUCUGGCUGCAAAACAACAUACCCGUUACGUAUCACCGAUGCGACUCUCCGACAGACUGA